ACCCGGGAAAUAUGUUUGUUUUUUUGUCUGGUCUUUUUCUGACUUUUAGGAAGGUUUUUAGAAAUAUGAAACUCCAUGAAUUAAAAAUGUAGAUUAUAAACAUGUGUCCAUGUCUCCAGGUGUCCUGUGUCCAUGUCUCCAGGUGUCCUGUGAAGACUUUUACCCAAUGGGAAAAUUGCUUUUUGGGCUGCAUGAGUGUUUUUUGUUGCAGUACCACGAGUGGCCACCAUGACACUUUUGUCUUCACGGCAGAGGGGGCGGAGCUACGUUCAGUUCUUAUAAUACAUCCACGAGAGAGACUCACUCUCUGCCGCCAUGACUGACUUGUUUGACACAGCUGUGGAGGAGGUGAAAGUCCUGAAACAGAGACCAGAGAAGUUAGAAAUGAUUGAACUCUACGGUUUAUACAAGCAGGCCACGGUGGGAGACGUCAACAUCGAAUAUCCGGGAAUGUUUGACUUUAUGGCAAAAGGAAAAUGGAACGCGUGGAAUGCAAAGAAAGGUGUCUCUAGAGAAGAAGCCAUGGACAUGUACGUGAAGCUGGUGGACACGCUCAAGGACAAAUAUGGAAUUUAAACAGUGGUCUUCCACGUGUUUGAGCUCAUUUGUUAAAUGAAAUACAUUCCCAUGUUAUUUUUUUUUUGAAUAAUAGAUGAACAUUACGGAAAAUAAACUUGACUUUUCAGAAAAGCA